GCAUUUUAGAACUUAGUGCCGUUAGGUUGGCAGAUUCUGGAAUUUGACACUGUGUAAAAUGGCUGAUAAUUGAAUCCCAAAUCUAGAGAAUUUUCUUUGUUUUCAUUAGGAUUUUUCUUACAUUUAGGACCUGUAUAACCAAAAUAUCCAUUUCACGUGAAUCAUUUCAUCGCAGUGAAUAGAAUAAAAGUGAAAGAUGCAGUGCCAGUGCUCUGAAUCGCUGUAGAAGUUGCGGAAAGUGUUAUUAAAAUCCACCAUAUAGAAUGAGAUAGAUUGACACUGGAGACUGUCACUCCUGGUUAUAAGCAGAUUAUAAACGAAUUUUGCAUAUUUGGAAGGUAAUAACUGCAAAUAAGCGUUUCAGGCGUCCACAUAUAAACGAAAUCCAUCGAUAUUUUACAUCUGAUAGAAGCCAAAGUCAUGCAUUGUAAGAGGAGCACAUUUGGUAUGCAUGAGACAUGUCAGUUCAAUUUGGCACAUAACUAAUGUUGCUUGAAUCAAAAACCAGAGAUAGAAGAAACAACUUGAAUGGUAGACUUCCGCUGAUUUAAGCCUUCUGAAAGCAUGUCUAUACUUGCGUGCAUGGUGGUUGAAGCAUCACAACACAAUGAGCCGAAAUGGCAGGUGCAAGCAGGUUAUUGAGCCUGACGGCAUUGGAAUUGAGGCGGGCGCGUGCCGCCCAGCAUGGGCUACCAGCCACGCUGGGCACGCACCAUACAACAUCAAUCAGCCAACCAGCAUCAGUGCGCUUCGAUCGGUCUACCACAGGGACUACAGAUUUCCUCAACUUCAGCAACACUUAUCAGACCUGAGGGAGAAGACAGGUGGAGAAGCAGUAUACAUCAUUCAACCAAACAGCAUCAGUGUGCCUCCGUUGGUGUACCACAAAGUGAAGAGAAGUGGAGAAGAGAGGGUAGGAAGCUAGGAGUGGAAGAAGCAGAUAUGCAGAAUCACCACGGAGGAGGCGUCGCUCCAGGGCCUGGAGGAAAUGCCUCAGCGACGACACCCAAUGGUCCCCAGGUGGCCCUUCAGGCAGCUGCCAGGCCACCAGCAUACAUGCAGAAGGCUAUGGAAGAAAUCAAGAACUCUUUGAGGCCAUUUGCAAAAGAAUCUUGCAUGGGAGGAUCCAGUGCGGCAAGCACGAUUAGCAGUUAUUCAGCAACCAGUGGUCUAGGAUCCUCUCUUAGUAGCGCUACAUCUAACAGUAAUGAUGUUGCUCAGCUUAGGCACCUGUUCAAUAUGGGAUAUGUUGAUGUACCAGGAAGUGGAGACAGGCCUUCAGGCUACACGAAAUUGAUGAGAAAGGCGAGCGUAGAAAGAGAACUACCGGCUACAGCAAGGGGAAGUCCAGCCUUAGACAGUGGAGCUGCAAGUACCAGAUCCGAUUCACCAAGGCUCACUGAUAUACAUUCUACCAUCAGCAGGUACUCUCCGAGUUUCGCGGAACCGCCUCCGCCGCCGCCCCCGCGCAACACUCCGCCACCGCCACCGCCGCCUCAUUGCGGUACAGCCGGCGGGGGCGGCGCCGUGACGGCAGUUUCAGCCCCGCCCCCGGUCGUCGUCCCUAGCAACGUGCAGCAAAUGUUCAAACGGAUGUCGCCGGCGCCGCCUCCGAUCGUUCCCGCGAGGGGCGGCCAACAGUCUGGCUCAGUGCCGGGGGUGGGCGUGGUCGCGCAACCCCAGUCGCCUGCUGCUGUGGUUUACUCGACGCAAGGUUUACAGCAAAGGGGCACGAGUCCCGUAAGCAGCGUCUCCAGCGGCGCGGGUACCUCCGUAGGCGUCCGGCCCCAACCGAUGGUCGUCGCGAACGGGCCCGCCGCCCAACAGCAACUCACGCAGCAGAUGCAGGCGCUGCGGAACGGAGGCGGCAGCGGCGUGAACGGAGGCGGCGCAGGCGGAGGAGUCACGUCGGGCGUGGGACAGGAACCGCCUCCGCCAUAUCCGGUGGGCGUGGCUACGACGACGCAGACGGGCGUUGCGGGGCAACCGACGCCGCCUCCUCCGCCGUCGUACAGGGACGCGAUACAGAACAGGCAGAGCCCCACGCAGGAUUUCAGGAAGAGUCCGUCGUCUGGCAUCUACUCCGGUUCAACAUCUGCCGGUUCCCCCAGUCCGGUGACAGUGUCCUCCUCCUGCAGCAGCAGCGCCAUGGCCCGACCCGCCCCCCUGCAAGCGUGGGGCGCCCGACAAACUGUCUCGCAGCCCCCGAUCAUUAUGCAGUCGGUGAAGAGCACCCAGGUGCAGAAGCCGGUGCUGCAGACUGCCGUCGCCCCCGCGGCGCCCCAACAGCAGGCUCAGCCCCAGCAAGCGACUGUUGUGAAUGGGGGCGCGGUCGUUGCGGUCGCCACGGAAGGUGGUCCGGGUGGGCAGCAGCCUCCGCCGCCUAGUUAUACCGCUUCAAUGCAGCAGAAAGGCUACACGACAGUGGUACCAAAACCAGCCGCCCCACUCCCAACAGGCAGCCCUGCCGGUGCAGGCGCCGGCGUGGUGAACGUCCCGACAACGGAACCGCCAUCGUACGCCUCCACGAUGCAAGCUAAAGCUGCCAAAGCGCAACAACAGCGGGCGCCACCGCCGCCUCCGUACACGCCCACGCCCGCCUCUGUCGCGAUAGGAGUGGGAGAUGACCCGACGGCAACACAACAUAUAUGCCCGAUAGAUGGUCAUCAGAUGCAGCCUUCGCCAAGGUCGAGUCCGCAUAUCCAUCCACACCCGCCUUUACAACGAAAAUACUCACCUGCUGUGACCGAUAUGAGAUCGGACAGUCCCCAAUCAACUAGUUCGGGAGAAGGAAGAUUAUGUGGACUGGAUGGCAACGUCGGAGUUGCACCACCCCUACCACCUACAGCGUCAUCUUCCGUGAAAAACCACCACGUGUGCUGUAACGGUAACGGAAUAGGCGGUGCAGACAGCGGAGGCGGUAAAAACGGUAGUGGGGGCGGGGGAGACACGCCCCCUCCGCAAGUACCGCCCCACAUGAAGAUCAAGCACCAAUCGCCGAUACCUGAACGGAAGAAGAUCAGUAAGGAAAAAGAAGAAGAAAGGCGGGAUUGUAAAGUGAAGAAUUACUCGCCGCAGGCGUUCAAGUUCUUCAUGGAACAGCAUAUAGAGAACGUUAUCAAAUCGUAUAGGCAAAGGUUAUUUAGGCGUAUGCAGUUAGAAAAAGAAAUGAACAAAAUAGGUCUUGGACCUGAGGCUCAGAUGCAGAUGAGGAAGAUGCUAUCACAGAAAGAAUCGAAUUACAUUAGGUUAAAAAGGGCUAAAAUGGAUAAGAGUAUGUUUGUUAGGAUUAAACCAAUUGGUGUAGGUGCAUUCGGUGAAGUGACGUUAGUGCGUAAAAUAGACACAAACCACCUUUACGCUAUGAAAACAUUGAGGAAAGCGGACGUUUUGAAGCGGAAUCAAGUCGCCCACGUAAAAGCUGAAAGGGACAUUCUGGCCGAAGCUGACAAUGAAUGGGUGGUGAAGCUGUACUAUUCAUUUCAGGAUUCGGACAUUUUGUAUUUUGUUAUGGACUAUAUACCCGGCGGCGAUCUCAUGUCGUUGCUUAUCAAAUUAGGCAUCUUUGAAGAGAGUUUGGCCAGGUUUUACAUAGCUGAGCUCGCUUGUGCGGUGGAGAGUGUUCACAAAAUGGGCUUCAUCCACAGAGAUAUAAAACCUGACAACAUACUCAUAGAUAAGGAUGGACAUAUCAAACUCACCGAUUUCGGUCUGUGUACCGGAUUCAGGUGGACGCACAAUUCUAAAUACUAUCAACCCAAUGAACACAACCGUCAAGACUCGAUGGACCCUAUCGACGACUGGAGCGAGGAGUGCAAAUGCGUGGUGCUGAAACCUUUGGAACGACGGCGCAGGCGCGAACACCGCUGCUUGGCGCACUCUUUAGUCGGCACGCCGAACUACAUCGCGCCGGAAGUGCUGCAACGGACCGGAUACACGCACGUGUGCGAUUGGUGGAGCGUUGGUGUCAUCCUGUACGAAAUGCUCGUCGGACAGCCGCCGUUUCUGGCUAACACGCCAGCGGAAACGCAGUAUAAGGUGAUAAACUGGGAAACGACACUGCAGAUCCCGAAACAGGCGAAUCUGUCCAAAGAGAGCACUGAUCUGAUCCUGAAGCUGUGUUGCAGCGCGGACAAAAGGUUAGGCAAGAACGCUAACGAGGUGAAGUCGCAUCCGUUCUUCAGGGAGAUCGAUUUCGAAAAGGGGCUGAGAAGGCAACCUGCGCCUCAUAAACCGAAAAUCGAUUAUCCGACGGACACCUCCAAUUUCGACCCCAUCGAUCCGGAUAAACUAAGGAAUUCGCCCAGUAUGGAUUCAAGCACCUCCGAGGAGCUGGUUGAUAAUUCAAAAUUGUUCCAUGGGUUCUUCGAGUUUACGUUCAGGCGGUUUUUUGAUGAUGGGGGCCUAGCAGCGUUCAACAAAAUCAACCUAGAUGACAAUGAGAACCAGGGAGGCCCCGUAUACGUUUGAUGGGAGUUAAGUAUAGCAUCAAAUCAAUUUAAAAUUUUAGUAAAAGGAUUAUGACCAAGGACGGUGUAAGGCGAUGAACGCGAAAGGCUGUGUCUUUGAGGUGGAACCCCAAUGACGCAUAUCACAGGGGAUGCAUAUGUGUGGAUAUUAAUCUCCUUUUUUUUUCCUUUCCUUGUACCCCUUCCUUUCCUUCUGAACGCUCUUGCCACAUACGCUCACGCACAAGUGCUAAUUCCUAUUUUUAUCCUAAGUGUGGCAACCAAGUAUCUGUAUGUUCGUCUGUAUCGUGCCAACGCACAAGAUUUUUUGACUAUGCUGCGCGUUAAAAUUGUAGUAAUAUUUUUUUCGUCUACCUGUUAUUAUUAUUGAUCGACAGUUUUGUUUAUUAGCGUAGGGAACUGUUACAAAAAUGUUGCGUUUGUUGGGGAAAAUUUCCGAGUCGAUUCUCGAUUUUUUUUUCAUAAUCACGUUUAACUCAAUGACAUUGGCAAUGCACUUUUAAAUGUUUAAUUAAAAAUAUGUAUUUACGGUAUUAUAUUAACGACAGAAAAAUUCAAAAAAUGCUCAAGACGGAAUCACGUAAAACCACCAAAGCCCAUGACCACCUGGAGCAGGCUUCCAAAAAACUUCCAGCCUGCCCAAAGUGACAAGCGAGCAUAAGGUAAUAUGUUGUUUUGGAUACACCAGACACACCGCCCUCGCUCACCGUCCCGAAAACCCUAACGUCCUCGAAAAACGCGACCACUAAUGUACCUGCAUUGUUGAUGGAUUCCAAAUACGAGAAAUAGUACUUCGACACCUCAAGAGCGCAAUGUUGUUUGUCUUGUGUGGAUAUAAGACAACAAUCUGGCAUUGAGAUGUCGAAGCAAAUUAUCUGCACAUUUCCAAAAACUAAUUUUCGCAUUCUCGGGGGGUGAGCGCAAAUGACAUGACUACUAGCUUUUUAAAUCAAAUUACAAAACAAUGUUUUUUUUUCAACUCUGAUUUUUUUUUUCUGAACAAAAAAGGAACUGUAAACUUUCUCUAAAAUUGGCUAUUUUCGAGUUAUAAGCGAUCUCAAGUCCGAAAAUCAUGAAAACGCGUUUUUCAAUGCCUGAAAACGCUGGUAUAACAUUAGGAGUCUUUCCAGUUCUACUAACCUUAGGCAGUUCAAAAAUUCGAGUUAUCAAAGUUUCUUUAAGCUCCUCAUAGCAGCCGCGGUGAACUGGUAUUUAGGCUUCUUCCUGCACGGAUGCUCCGGUGUAUAUAAGAAAGUGUCUAAAUUAAAAUUCAACCCUUCCCCUACAAAACCUCGAACAGUAUUUUGCUUUUAAUUUAUUUUAAAAUACUGUCAUUCAGUUGUUAAUAACGCGCAAUGGGCCAUGCGGACAUUUCUCUAACAUAACGGAAAUCCGUUCAGAGCGACAAAAAUUUUGUUUGUAAUUUGCUGGAAAACAUUGAACACAUUUUCAACGGGUUACUGUCCGACAACCUCUUUAUUCAUGCAAGCGUGAUUAUGGAAAAAAAUCGAUUCAGAAAAAGCCUGAGAUGAAUGUUCGCAUCUUCUAACAGGAAUCUUGAGUCCUCUAUGAAUCUGCAGUUGAAAUUUCAUGGAAGUGCUAGUAAUCGUUUAUAAUAUAUUUGGUAGUCAUCUUUCAAUUCAUUGAUUUAUCUCUUUAAAAAUGCUUGGUCUAACCCAACAGGCUCAUGGUUCAAAUGCAGAAUAUAACAGUCUGUUGCAAUAAAAAUAUUGCUAUAAUUAUAACGCGCAAUAUAUGUAUUUAUUUGCGAUAUGUUGUUUUUGUUUUGUUUAAUAUGCUCUGUGUUUUUGAUCGUACUAGUAUUUUUAUUGUUAUUCGUUGACAGCACACAGAGUGAUAAGAAAGUAACAUUGUGCCUUCAAUUAAUAUACAAAUCUGGUAACAAUUCGCUUUACAGAUUUAUAGCUAAGCCAGAGUUUGCAGCAUUUUGAAUUUAAAAAGUGAAUCUAAGAUGACAACUGCAUCAUAUAAUGAGCGGACUUUUGUUCUGGUAGUAGAAAUCUGUGUCUACAUACGAGUCAAAACUUUUUAAAAAGGAUAUUGAAACGUACUAACUACACUGCCUUUACAUGUAUCAAACCGAAUAAAAUUUGAGAUAGUUUUAUAACCUAAUGUGCCUUGCUAUCAAGAAAUCAUUCAUUUUACCCAUAAAAAAAUCGUAAUGGUAGAUCGUGCAAUAUAUUUACUUUGGGAACGAAAUGUACAGUGGCGUAUAAAAAUAUAUUUUUAUUCCCUUGCUGUCAAAAGUUGUUCACAAGUUUGACAGAAACUAACGUACACUUGAACUCUUUCUCGAAAUUGCAAUUGAUUUUAAAUUAAUAUAGUAUGAUAACGGUAAAGAGAGCGCAUACUUUUAUGCAGGUGGUAAUCAAAUAAUUGUUGUUUAUAGCUUUUGUGGAACGAUAAACACUGGAAAUUGGUGCUACUUCUGUUUCGCCUAUUGAAAAAAGGGAGUAUAAAGGAAAUAAUGUGAUAUGGAAUGAUCACACUCUGCAAAGAUAUCGUGCAUAUUUCUUAUUGCAUAUACACUGAAAACCGAAUUUGGCUGACGGCUUGAGUUCAAUGUGUAAGAGAGAGAAGUGUGUCUAGGCACAUGUGUUAGAAAUAGAUAGAAGAAUGGAUAGCGAAGCUGAUCACCACUUUGCUUAGCAACGCUGACGCAAAAUAAAACAAAUCGCAUCAAAAUUGAAUUAAAUAAUUCUAAUGAAAAUGUAAACAAAAUAUUAAAUCAAAUGUUCGAACAGACCUCCAUAUUGGGUUUGACAGUAACCUAACCUACUGUAGGAGCCUGUGUGAACAUUUUUUGGUGUAAUUGGCAACGCGGCGCAUUGCACGACCUUCUGCGUUCCGUUGUUAGGCAAUGUGGUGAUGACCCUCGCUCUUCAGCCGCCUUCUAUCUCUUUCUAACAUGUGUGAUACACACUUCUCGCGCUUCUCACUCGUACACAUCGAACUCAAGCCGUCAGACAAAUUUGGCUUUUCCUGUAUAUGUAAAGCAUGAAGUUUUUCAUUUUUGUUUUAAUUUCGUGGUAUGUUUUUGCGUUAAAAAGAAAUUUUUAUACUCAUUUCAUUCGCAUUUUUUUUUCUCCGCCAAGAUUGCAACAGUAUUAUUUUUUAUAAACGGUAUCGAAUCAUUGAAUAACAUUUUCCAUAGCCAUUAUCAAGUAUUGCCUUAAAUUUCAGUUGGUAUUUCCAUCAAAAAUCAUAAAUAGUUCCUUUGAACAAACAAAUGUUGGAUAAUUAUUUUCUCGGACAUUUACGGGGGUGUCGCAUAUAAUUAUUGAUAUUUUUGCAGAGUGUUCAACGACCUGUGUUGAUAUGACAAAUUAUAUUGUUGCUAUGAGUGUAUCUAUUUGUAAAUAAUAUUAUGUUUUGCAUUGAAUCAUUCAUAUCUAACAAAUGAAAGAUUCAGAUACUGAUGUGAGUUUCAAAAAUAUACGACCUGAGAAUAUGCAUAGUCAAAUUUUAUCAGUCAGCGUUGUUGAAAUAUCGGACUCACGAGGCUUGUUUUAUAAAAGGUGGUCACGUUAUUUUUUUCAGUGCGUCUUGUAGCCAGGGAACGUUUUGAGACUCGGGCAAUUUUCAUGUGAUUGCGGUGACAGUACUGUGAAGUUUCUAUGAGUGUGUUGAUUGAUCUGGCAGUCAGAUUCCAGCCAAUAUGGGGGAUCCACUUUGUUUUAUAAUUUGUGUUGUUUGUUAUCCAUUGUUAACGCAAUUCGCGAAGGAUUUUUAGUACUGCUGUUAUUUUUGAUUGGCAAAAAAAAAUAAUAGUAAUAAGUGGUUUUCAUACAGGGUGAAGCCUGACUGACAAAUCAUUAGAAGCUCACGCACGAAAUUAUACAGUGAAUCCACUGUUUCAGAACACAAAUAUCUUGAUAAAUUCAGGCUUUCCACAGCCAUAAAAAAUUAAAUAUUCAUUUGAGGACUAUUCUCGUAUUAACAUAAAGCUCUUCAUUGCUAGGUUUGGAAAGAAACAAUUUAAGCAUUUCCUGGAUUAAAGUAUUUCUAUGGUGAAAUUGUCAAACUUAUUUUAACAUUUAUGCACUACAUUUCGCGUCUAUUAUUCUAUAUGACAAUACCAGAUUAAUAGAUGAUAGAUAAAAGUUUCAGCGUUUUCUUAUUACCAUCAACAUAGAGAAUUAAACUAAUUUGCGUGUUAAUCCAAAAAUAUCACAACAAAAGACACUUGAAUUUAUUCAAAGAGCUUGUUCUUGAACAAUAUUUCAAGGCGUUUAAUUUGGUAUUCUUAUAGCAAAAAUAGACUUGAUUUACUCUUCCUCUAAUGUUUCAUCUCUUUAUAUUUUGUACUCUAUGUAUUUUGUGAAGGAUUUUUGUGUAAAUUGAUGUUAUGGAAUAGUGUUAAAUUAACUUAUUUAAUUUUGAGAAACAAGCUGUGUUACAUUUAGAUUCUAUAUAAUUAAUAGUUUUUGCUCAUAGUAUGCUUGAAGAUGAUAAGGAUUAUUAUUUAUUUAAUUUUUUGUUCUAUUAUGUCUUUGUAACACUACAUUCUAGCAAAUAGACAAUAAUUUUUAGGAGAUAAUUUUUCUAGUCUAUCGAUUUUUUUAUCUGAUGAAUAUUCACUUAAAUGUUGUUUAAUGACAUUGUUCCUUAAAUUUUUGAGAAAAAAGAUUCUUAUAUUGGUGUUAUAAACAACUUUCAAGUCAAAAGUGCCUUUAUUUAGAUUUGCAGUAUGUACAUUGUGUGUAAAUAUAUAUUUUUGAAAUUUCA